AUACGUAUGCUGAGAACAACACGUGUGUAAAGUGGCUUGCUUGUCUUGGAUAUUUCACCAAUAAUUCUUACAACCAAUCAUUAUCACUAGCGAUGACCCUGGUAAUCUACAAGGUGAGGAGAAACCAUUGUCCUCUCUGAAAUGUCUCGAUGUAAAUACCCAUUUUUCAUGUUGAUAAAAUUAGCACUAAACUAGUGGAGAGUACGAGCUGUAUGCUCCAGUGUACGUAGUAUUUAAACCAUAAAGAAAUGCUUAAAUUUCUGAUUAUUGUUACCGUGAUCUUGGUUAAAAAUGUUUACGCACAAGGUAUUAUUGGAAACUCCUGCUCCCUUGAACCGUCAAACUCUCCAGGAGUGUGCAAACUGUUAACACAAUGUAAGGAGGUUCGAGACCAAGUGGUGUUUUCCCACAAACUACCUCAAACGUGCGGUUUCGAAGAAACCCAAGCUAUAGUUUGCUGCCCAAAAUCUCGUCAACCAGGUUACAUAAGCCAAAACAAAUGCAGAGAAUACACUUCGCACACAAAAGAGGAACAAUUAUGUGGACACAAUAUUGUAAAGCGUAUCGUUGGAGGAAUACCGACUGGCAGAACAGAGUUCCCCCAUAUGGCGAUAUUGGGAUUUCAGACCCGAGAUUCUGACAAUUUACAGUGGUUAUGUGGAGGAUCCCUUAUCUGUGAACAAUACAUUUUGACAGCAGCACAAUGUUUGACCUCCGGAGCAGUUGGUGAACCAAAAGUAGCGUUGUUAGGGGUCACUAAUCUUAAAGACACUAACCACAAGCAUGAAAUAAAAAUUGCAAAAAUUGUAGUACAUCCAGAAUACAAAAAUGUUUCCAACUAUCACGACAUAGGACUAGUUAAACUUGAAAAACCAAUAGAAAUGAGUUCGUAUGUGCGUCCGGCAUGCCUUAAUACACACUUUGACAUUCCUGUUGGAAAAGCUGUGGCUACUGGAUGGGGUCUUACAGAUUAUGCAGGAGGCAGCAGUGAAGAUUUGCUCAAAGUAACACUAGACAUUGCAGAAUAUGAACUCUGUAAUAAGACUUAUCAAGUCACUAGGAAGCUAAGGCAAGGAAUCAUAAAUGAUAUACAUAUUUGCACAGGGACAGGCAAAGAACAAAAAGACACUUGUCAGGGUGAUGCUGGUGGUCCACUACAAAUACAUCACAAUAACGACGCAACAUUGUGUAUGUACGACAUAAUUGGCGUGACUUCGUUUGGAAAAGGAUGUUUUGGGGGUCCAAACGUAAACACACGAGUAUCUCACUACAUUAAAUGGAUUGAAGACGAAGUUUGGCCUGACAAUAGUCAAUAAAAUUGGUUAUUUUAAUUACUACAAUCUCCAGUCUAUUUGGAAAUGACUGACAAAUAAAACUAUUCUCGUUUUCA